GAAAGGUUCAUCUCUCUCUCUCUCUAGAGACGACUUUCUCUCUCCAGUUCUUGAUUUUCCAGCGUACGUCAAGACCCGAUAUUAAAACUAAAUCUGAUCAAAAGAAACAUGGGAAGUAGUUUCUUCGGAAAACCAAACAUGAGAGGAUCUUCGCCGUCUUCAUCGUCCCCAACAUCGUCAUCUUCAUCCCCGGCGACUAGAAGAGGGAAGAAGAAUGGUUCCGAGAAGCCAAAGCAGCCACAGAGAGGUCUCGGAGUAGCACAACUGGAGAAAAUUAGAUUACACGGCGAGAUGAGUUGCAACAGCUUCGACAAUUAUAAUUCGUCUUUGUAUCCUCAGGAGAAUGUGAGGAUGUCAGUAGAAUAUUCUUCCAUACCAUCAUCAUCACCAUCCUUUACAUAUGCAUCACCAUCACCAUCAUCGACUCCUUAUGGCCUUUAUCCAAAUAUGAUGAUGGGUGUACAUAGAGAUCAAUACGAGAGAGCAACCAUGAGUUGGAACCCAAGCUACGGCAUCUUAGAGAGCCAACAUUCUUCGGAAUCAAACACCACCAGACAUUUCUUUAACGAGGAUCCAAAUUCUACAAGGCGAAGUAAAUCGUUGGGAAACCAAAACUCGGGAUCGAGUGACAAUCAAGAGCUAGAUUUGGAGUUGAGAUUGUCACUUUGAUCAUUUGUAAUAGUUUGAUCUUCAUGAAAUUGAAAACAAGUCCCGCAUCGUGAUUAUGCUUUUUUAUAUAUUCUCUGUUGUUAUGCUGAAAAUAAAACUGAAGCAACAACAGCUGAUUAUGUUCUAUUUGGGGGGUAUCAAGUAUUUUUUUUCUUAGGAUUGUUUGACCGUUUCAGUAGAAAAGGGUUUAAAAAGAGGGAAUCAUUUGUAAACUUUAAAGAGCAUAAAAUGUUAUUAUAAUCCA